AUGGGCAGCCUGAAGACUUGUCUACAGGAUCUCAGUCCAUCUAUCGCGAAAAUUCUGGAGAUUGCAGGAGCUGCGGGCGCCUCUAUUGGAAUUGUUCAUCAAAACGAAACUGUACACCUUCCCAAUUUCGGGCACAGAGAUAUCACAACCAGGCUCGCCCCAGAUGAGAAUACUCAACAUCACGUAGCUUCGCUUAGCAAGAGCUUUACAGCUGCUGUAUUGGGUAUCCUUGUCCAUGAUCAGAAGCUGGGCUUCGACCAGCCGGUCUUUUCCAUCCUCAAAACCUUCACGAAUCCCGACCCUGCCGUUCAUGAUAGAGCCACUUACAACUACAACAAUGGGGGUUACAAUGUUGCGACCAGUUUGAUAGAAGAGGUAUCUGGGCAGAGCUGGGGCUCGUUUGUUACCGACAGUAUACUCAAGCCACUUGAGCUCGAUCGUACGUUCGUUGGGGUGGCUGUACCCGAGGAGAACUACGCCCAUAGGUAUAUGCCAGCGCCCGAUGAAACUCUGACCGACGUCGGAAGACCGACGAUAGCCAAUGGUACUGUAAAACAAGGCGCCGACGUACUUGGGAAAGGCACGACAAAGAAGAAACUGUGGUACCACAACGGAAGCUUGGUAGGAUUUUUCAGCUCGGUUCACGUCGUACCUGAUACAGACACGAUUGUUGUGAUACUCGUCAAUUCGAUACACAAGAAUGACGCGCCAGACUGGAUAGGGCAGCUCUUGGUUGAGACAAUACUGGACUGUCCGGAUAAGAACGACGACAUUACACUCGCGAAGGACAGCGCCAAGGCUUACAAUGAUAUGUGCAAACAGCUGGAAGACGAGAUGACCAAGGACAAGCGCCCAUGCGAACAUAAACUUCCACUAAACCAGUACGUGGGCAGGUACUACAACAAACCCAUGAACUGGUUCAUCGAGGUCACGUUUGAUCAAGAGGCAUUGUAUUUCAGCUUCCAGGGACUAGCCGGUUAG